GGGCCCGGGGAGGGCUCCUCUGGCGCCCCUUGCAAGGCCCCUUUGCAAGGCUGCCCGUGUGUCCUUACUCGUUACUUUGCUUUAUCAUAUACCUAGCUGUCUAGCCAUCCCUGUGUCCUUCCAUGCCUUGUGCACCCCCGCUGUAUGGCCCACUGUUCAUCCCAACCGAGUUGGGGUGUUGGGAAGCGGGGUGCUGCUAACUCGUCCUUCUCCAGGCCUGGGCAGUAGCAGAGUGUUGCUGGAAUGGCUCGGACUUUGGAGGCCAGGAAUCUUGAGCUGGAAUCCCCGCUGUGGCCUUUCUUUGCUGUGUGACUUUGGACGCCUCGCUGAAUCUCCACUUUGCUUCUUCCUUUGCAAAAGGAAAAUUUCAUUCAGCGAAUCGUUAAGACGCUCCAAAGACGCCACGCUAGGCGCUUUGAUGAGCACAUUGGCUCCACGUGAGAAAAGACCCCUGUCCUCUUGGAGGUUGCUUUCAGGGGGGAAAUAGGCAAUGCACAGAUUUUUUUUAAGUGAUAACUCAGCGGUAACUGCAGCGAAGAAAGUAAGGUUGGAAUCGCCUUUAGCCAAGGCCAAGUUUUGCAAUAAGCCUUUGUUCCUCUGUCCAGAUGUCCAAGAUAACAUCACUAUGGUCUCCAAGGACAUAAUUUACAACAAGAACAUCCUGGAGUCCACGGACAAUAGUUCUACUUCAGUCAUUGAAGAAAAAAAGGAAAAACGCAGGAACACAGUGCCCUCGAUUGUUCCUGACCAUGCGGCUAAUCCUUUCCACAUGUCUGGAGACGUGGAUUUCUUCUUGCUCAGAGAUCAGGAGCGGAAUAAGUCUCGCCUAGAGCGGGAGCAGAAGAAGACGCUGCAGAUGCACCAAAAGAUGACCUACGCGUCCAAAGUGUUGGCCAAGCACACCAGCCUGCGUCGCGAGCUGCAGCUGGAGGACGAGAUGCAGGACCAGGAGGUGCCCGCCGAGGCGGAGCGGCUGCGCGCCUUCCACGACGACACGGCGUGGAAGCUCUCCAUGACCAAAGAAAAGAAGAUGGAAUGUGAUAACCUGAACAACUACAUCAACCAGAAGCGCCAGAUGUUCCGCAUCCAGUACGCCCUGGACAUGAAGCAGCAGGAGAUCCAGCGGCUGGAGCUGCUGGUGACCAAGGAGGAGGCAGAGCUGGAGCGGGCAGAAAGGUCCCUGGAGAAUGACGCCGCCCUGUUCGAGGAGUUCCUCCGGGAGAAUAAUCGGAGCUCGGUGCAGGCCCUGAAAGCGGCUGAGAAGGAGACCAAAACAAAGGUGGAGAAGAUCUUGGAAAUCCGGGACCUGACCACCCAGAUCAUGAACAUCAAAAGCGAGAUCUCCAAAUUUGAAGACACUUUGCAGCAUUACAAGGCCUACAAGGACUUCCUGUACAAGCUGUCGCCCAAGGAGUGGUUGGAAGAGAGGAAGGAGAAGCGUUUGGCUCUCAAAAAAGCCAAGGAGGUCACUGAGCCCCCCAUAGAGAACACUUUACACUCCACGAUCCGGGACAAAGAACCAGGGACCAAGGGCAAGACAGGCUCCAGAGAGGGGCAGGGCCCAAAGAAGUUCUGGAAGUUCCUGCAGGUGGCGCAGCUGGGGCAGAUCCCGUCCAACACCCUGAACCUCCAGCAUAGAAGCCAGGCCAGUGUGUAUAGCGGGCUGAACGCCAAAGGGUCAGACUCUACCACCACUAUGACUGAGGACUCAGGCAGCGACGGGGAGGAGCUGGACCUAUACUUCACGGAGCCCCAGCAGCUCCUGGACAUCUUCACGAAGCUAGAGGAGCAGAACCUGUCGCUCAUCCAGAACACGCAGGAGAUGGAGGAGACCCUGGAGGAUCUGAACUGCACCCUGAAAAACACCCAGAUCCGCAUGUGCAUUCUGCUGAUGCCAGGCCCAGCAGGGCUGGGCUGUAUCAGGCCUGUCAGAAGUGAGGAAUCAUCCCUUCAUACCCAAACACUGACCGAGCACCCGUUCUGGGUCAGGUCCAGGUCUAGGCUCUCCAAGGAUAAGGCCAGGCCCUGCCUCAUUGAGCUGACAUUUGACAGAGACAGGCAGACGGGCUCACGGACUGGACGUGGAGAUACUGACAUGUGCAAGAGGAACACAGACAAUGAUAUGAGAGGGAGGCUGAAGUAGGGGUGGUGGCAGAUAGGAGGGGGACAGGGGAGGCUCCCGGGGAAAGUGUCACUUGAACCAGGCUCUUCCUGAGCGAUGGGAAGCUGCAUAGAGAUCUGGUGGUAGAGGGUUCCGGGCAGAGGGAAAGCAGGUGCGAAGAAGUAAGGAAGAAACCCACCCAAGACUCGGAUGCCCCACAGGGAGCCAUGUUCUUGAGUAUCCAUGUUUUGUUGGCCCGUGUUCUGCCGCGGAGAAUCUCUUGCAGGUGCUGUGAAACUACUGGUUCUCGGGCGAGAUUGUGUUUCCCAGAAAGCUGAGGGUAGCAGAGACAGAGGGGGAGAUGAGCUGGGGAGACGCAGGCAGCCUCCCAGUUUCCAGGAACCUGGCGAGAGGACACACACACAUGCAUGCAUAGCAGAAUCCCAGAGAUGCUGUCCCCUCACUGGUCUGUAGCCUGCUCAGCCAUCCCUAAGUACCAACACUUUAUUUCCAGAAGAGUCAUAGCCUGUAGACAUUAACUUCCAUGAAUCCAGCCCCCUCUCUCUGAGAAAUAUAUAUUUUUAAAAUAUAUGCAGCUCACUUUCA